AUGGAUAAUCAGCACGUUUAUGAUGUACAUGUUGUGCAUCAAGCCAUCUCGCAAUUUCUUGCUUCACAUAUCUAUGAACUUAUCUUGGAUGCAGGAAAAAAGGGUAAAGAUAUUCCAGAAAUAGGUUCUUAUAUCUGUAAAUAUACGAACUGUCGAUAUAUACCAAAUUGCCGAGAUCAUCAUGUAACCUCGACACCAUUAAUUCUAAAUCAACGCCUGAACCUUGCGUGCCUUCAGUGCACUGUAGUGCAACGUUUGCAAGUUUUAUGUCGCCAAAAACUUUUUAGUAUUGAGCAAACGAAAGAAUUUUUUGGUAUACAAAGGUGGUGGGUUGAAAAAUUAAUUAAAGUUCAUGUUCGUUAUCAAUCCCCGCAAACAAGUUGCCCAGAAGUUACUCAUAUGGUAAUCGCCGGAAUACCUGAUAAGACACGUUAUGGGUUUACUGAUCUUGCCCAUAAUAAAUGGUUACGAGACGAAUUUAACAAUGGUAGCGACUUUGAGGUUAUGUUAAAAUACGUGUUCUUAUUUCAGCUGUUGCGAGACGGUUGGGGCUUUAGGAUGUUUGAUUGGAAGAUGUCACAAGUAAAAGAGAUUUCACAACCUGACGAUUUACCCGCCGGUUUUGAAUACAAAGGAUAUCAUCUAUCGAUUCCAGUUGGGAAACGACUUUCGUCAUUCUUUUUUUUUCUCUACUCUAAUAAAGUGAUCGAAGCGAUCUCAAAUUUGAAUCCUUUUAUUCAAUACGCUAUAAUCAACUCUCAAAAGAUUAACUUGACUAGUAUUUAUGCUUUUGGAGACCUUACGACCCUUAUCGAGUUGUCAACGUCUUUAGUUUUCUCAGUCGGCCCUAAGGAUUGCAAAUUUUGCCUUCCUAGAGCUUAUCUUGUUAAUUAUUUUGACAAGUUCACUAUGGAGCCGCUACUUCCGCAAAAACGACGCGCUUAUAAAAUCGAUGAAUAUCUAGCUGCGAUCAAAAAUGUUCUCAAUCAAAUUCAACUACUUCUCGAUCUUCUUAUUUGUAAGGAACCGAUUAAUCCGUCGAUCAUCCUUCGACUGAUACGUCUCUUAGUCCUUAUCGGCUUGAAUGAAUCCACUUUUGAGCAAGAUGUCUUUAAAAUUUUCGAGCGUCUGCACAAAAAAAACGAAAUCUUUCCCGUGAAAAUCAAGAAUUACUUAAAUGAGAAAAAAUUUGUACGCCUCGUUGACGUUCUACAUAAAGACCUCAUGGAGACGGGAUGUGACUCCCUUGUCAUAAUUCACUACAACAACUUUGGCUCAUCAAAAUUUUCUAACUUGGAAAAACAUGGUAUUGUGAAGAUUACAUAUCAAUCUAUUGAAGAAUUCCUUAAUGCCCUUCGCCAGAUUAUGUCAUCAGUAGCCAGGAAUACGGUCUCGGAAAAUCGGCUUUUAAAUAAUAUGGAUUGGUCUCGCCAGAUUAGAAAAUUCUGGAACCUUCAGAUCCACGAUUCUCCCCGUGACCAAGAAGCAGCAAAAAAAAUUCAAACCUGGUUUCGCGAGACUCAAGAGCGACGUAAAAGGACUGUUCACGACCCAACCUUUGAAAAAAUUUACAAUGAAGUAAGAAAUUUCUGCCAGGAAUUUGCGCUGAAACGGAAGGGUGAAAUAGUGGUACGAAAGUAUAAUAUGCUCUUGAGAGGUUCGACGGUUGACAAAAUCGUGGAAUUGACCAAAUUGCUGAGCAGCAUGGAUAAAAACAAGAAUUAUUUGGGAAAAUUGAAAAAAAGAGACUAUGAUCUUGAAAUAUGUGUUGAGCUAGAGGAAGAAUUAACGUAUGUCCAAGAAGAAGUUGAACAGCUACUGGAUUCAUUAUCUAUUAUAGAAAACAUGGAAAAACAUGAAGAAGCAGAUAUUGAAUGGUUGGAAAACGAAUUACAACAGGCAAAGAGUGUCAUCGAUAAGGUUUUGGAAUGGAUAGAGAAAUGCGAAUCACUAGAUUAG